CUAGAUUCCAUUGAUGGCUGGCUCCGUAGUCGAAUAACGCACAAUCUCACAAGAAACAAACGCAAAAUGAAAACAUAAAACACUUGACACUUGAUCAUCACUGCAAUCCCACUAAAAACAACACGACCCUAGCAAACAAACCACCCAGUCCUUCGAUUCUCCGAAGAACAUGAAAGAAGCGGAGGUCGGACCCCCGAACAAAGAGCUUUACGCUCUGCUACACAUAUCUCCAGAAGCCUCCGAUGAAGAAAUCAGAAAAGCCUAUCGCCAGUGGGCCCAAGUCUAUCACCCUGACAAAUACCAAUCUCCCCAGAUGAAGGAUAUUGCGACAGAAAACUUCCAACGGAUAUGUGAAGCCUAUGAAAUUUUAUCUGAUGAGAGGAAAAGGCAGAUAUAUGAUAUAUAUGGCAUGGAAGGAUUGACGUCUGGUUUGGAACUUGGUCCUAAACUGAACAAAGCUGAAGAGAUUAAGGAAGAACUAGAAAGAUUACGGCGUAGGAAAGAAAUGGAAAAGGUUUCAGCUCAUGUCCAACCUUCUGGUUCGAUUCUCGCCAAUUUGUCUUUGCCACAGUUUCUAAAGGGUGGCAGCAUUAUGAGAGGAAUGGCAAUGUCAAGUGAACUUCAGUCUCAAAUCUCCAAACGCAAUGCUAUUGCUAUUGGUGGAAAUCUGGCAGUUAACGGAAAUGCAGGUGGUGGUGCGGCCUCUGUUAUGCUUAGGCAUCAGAUAUCGUCAGUCUCCUCCAUAGAAUUCAUGGCUUCUACUGGUUUACGUGCACUGAUUGGGGUGCAAACAUCUCGCAACCUAUCUCUGCACUCCACAGCAACAAUGGGCAUUACGAUGUCUUUAAGAGACGGUUCAAUUAAUCUUUCUAAUUCCUGGACUCGCCAACUCUCCGACACAUCUAGUGGAAAUAUACAGCUUGUUUUAGGUCCAGAAUCAUCUGUAGCUGUUGGAUGGCAGAAGAAAGAAGAGAAAAUGUCUGCUGCUGGAGAGAUUAAGAUUGGCACAAGUUCUUUUGGAGCUUCGGCUCAUUAUACUCACCGCUUCUCCACAAAGUCUCAUGGGCGUAUUGCUGGCAGAGUUGGAAGCACUAUGCUUGAGCUUGAAGUCGGGGGUGGAAGGAAAAUAUCGCAGUUCAGUACUGUCCGCAUGUUGUAUUCAGUAGGAAUUCAGGGUAUCUUUUGGAAAUUUGAACUGCAUCGUGGGAGACAAAAGUUAAUUGUUCCUAUUCUGCUUUCCAGGCAUUUGAAUGCUGUGUUUGCAACUGGAGCAUUUGUUAUUCCAACAUCACUUUACUUUUUUCUCAAGACAUUCAUUAUCAAACCUUAUUACCUUAAACGGGAAAAGCAGAAGAUGUUAGAGAAUAUGGAAAAGACAUCAACUCAGGUUCAAGAGGCAAGGGCAGCAGCGGAGAAAGCUCAGCAGUUGCUACAAAAUGUGGCUAAUAGGAAAAGGAGCAGACAACUAGAAACAGAUGGACUGGUAAUUACGAAAGCAGUUUACGGAAGUAAAAAAUCUUUGAACAAAAAAAGAGAUGAAGCGGAAGAAGCGAAUGAUGAAUUAGCUUCACAAGUCAUAGAUGUCACUUUACCUCUAAAUUUUCUGGCCAACGAUUCUGGGCAACUUAAGCUUCAUGAGGGUGUAAAGAAGUCAGGCAUUAUGGGCUUCUGUGAUCCUUGUCCAGGAGAACCUAAGCAGUUGUGUGUGGAAUACACUUAUCACGGUGAUAGAUACGAGGUGGUUGUUGAUGAUUAUGAAGAACUCUUGAUUCCCCAGGCAGCGCACAAAAUCUGAUUGCCAUCCAAGAUUCUGAAUUAGAAACUGAAUCUCCUCUUCCAAUUUUGGUUGUUUCAUUGUGAUUUUUUAGGUAUCCUUGACUAGAUCAUCCACAUCUUCUUUUUCAAAAAUUUCUGAUUAUUUUGUUUUUAUUUUGUAUCUUUGUCAAAUUGUAAACAUUUCAUAAGGGCACUGUGAGAACUAAUUGUGUUUAUGGUGUAAUUGAUCUUGAAAGCUGUGAAAUAAAUUAGUUUGUUGAUUCUUAGUCCUUAAA